UUUUGACGAAGUCGCGGAUUGAUGCCGCAUAGAAGUAGCGAAAAGAAAACUGCUGUUCUUGCUGUUGACAUUACUAAUUCUUGAUUUUUUAAACAUUGGAUUGCAAUGUUAUUGCUUUGCGAAAAAGGAAUUGAUAACAAACAUAAAACCUCAUUCUCCAAGAUUCAGGAAAGCAUCUUAAAACGAUUUUGAUAUGUGUCAAUUUUUUUGAUUAGCCAUGGAUGAAAUUUCUCAAGACAGAUUAAAUGCCAAUGAAUCACUUAGGGUUGAUGAAGUAGAAGCAUUAUCUGCUAUUUUCGGAGAUGAUUGGCUCGAAGAAGAUGCUGAACAUAGAGUAUAUAGCAUCAAUGUGGCCAACAGUACAGGGAACAGUAUAUAUCUUCAAGUUACUUUACCAGAAAACUACCCAUUAGAUGGACCUCCUAUUUAUCAAAUAAGUGCACCUUGGAUGAGUCGAGAAGGAAAAGCAUCUCUUUGUUCUGAAAUUGAAGACAUUUACUGUUCAAAUGCAGGUGAAAGUAUCAUUUACUUGUGGAUUGAAAAGCUGAAAGAUUUUGCUUAUCCAAUGUCAUUUUUGCACCCUCAAAACACUGCUGCUGAUGAAGUAAUAGAAGAAGAUAAUGAUGCCGAACCGUCGGCAGCCUUAAAUUCUACAGAACAAGAAAUCCUAGAAAUAGAAACUGAUGAACUGCCCCCAAUCGCUCAUGGUGAACCAAUUACUGAUCGGAAAAGUGUAUUUCAAGCUCAUGCUGCUAAAGUCCUGACUGUACAGCAGGUGAAACAGGUUUUGGAUGAGUUGAAACAAAACAGAAAAAUUGCUUCAGCCACUCACAAUAUUUACGCAUAUAGGAUAGCAAGAGAAAAAGGAACAUUUCUUCAAGAUUGUGAAGAUGACGGUGAAACCAAAGCAGGAUCCAUUCUUUUACAUUUACUGCAGAUUUUGAAUGUUGUCAAUGUUUUGGUGGUUGUAUCUCGAUGGUAUGGAGGCAUUCACUUGGGUCCUGACAGAUUCAAACAUAUCAAUAAUGCAGCAAGAAUUCUGUUAUGUGAAUUAGGAUUGACUAACGAUGAGAAAACUUCUAGUGGAACAAGCAAAUCACAGAAAAAAAUGAAAGAUUCUCCUAAAGUAAAAAAUGCCAGCUGAAUUCUUAUAGUCAAGAUAUUUUUUUGAAACUUUUUAUCAAACAUGAGCUGUGAUGACUGAAAUUAUGACCAUAUUUACAUAAAACAAGAUAUUUCUAACUUAUUCUAUAGAAGUUAAAAUAACUCUUGCAUUUAACAUUUAAAUUGAAGGCAAAUAUUUUAAUAAAUAUAUACAGUCGAACCUCCAUAUAUC